CCCGCGCCCCAGCCGCUGCCUUCACUCCCCAGCCUUCGGCCCGCGCCCCCGCCUUCGGCCCGCGCCCCAGCCAUGUCCAAGCAGCCGCGGGCCGGGCGGGACGAGAUCCUGGAGUGCCAGGUGAUGUGGGAGCCCGACAGCAAGAGGAACACGCAGAUGGACCGCUUCCGGGCGGCCGUGAGCGCCGCCUGCGGCCUGGCGCUGGGAAAUUACAGUGACCUGUACCAGUGGUCGGUCGAGUCCUACUCCGAAUUCUGGGCCGAAUUCUGGAAAUUCAGCGGCAUCGUCUCUUCACGCAUGUAUGAUGAGGUUGUGGACACAUCCAAAGGGGUGGCCGACGUCCCCGAGUGGUUCAAAGGCAGUCGUCUGAACUACGCGGAGAACCUCCUACGGCACAAAGAGAACGACAAAGUUGCUGUUUAUGUCGCAAGGGAAGGCAAAGAGGACAUCGUGAAGGUGACCUUCGAGGAGCUGCGGCAGCAGGUGGCUUUGUUCGCGGCGGCAAUGAGGAGAAUGGGUGUGAGAAAGGGGGACCGCGUCGUGGGUUACCUGCCCAACGGCGAGCACGCCCUGGAGGCCAUGCUGGCGGCAGCGAGCAUCGGCGCUGUCUGGAGCGCCACUUCCCCAGACUUCGGUGUGAAUGGUGUCCUGGACCGGUUCUCCCAAAUCCAGCCGAAGCUCAUCUUCUCCGUGGAGGCCGUUGUGUACAACGGCAAGGAGCACGGCCACCUGGACAAGCUGCAGCAGGUCGUGAAAGGGCUGCCAGACUUGGAGAAGGUGGUGGUGAUUCCUUAUGUUGCCUCCAGAGGGACAAUCGACAUCUCGAGGAUCCCCAGCAGCGUGUUUCUGGAUGACUUCCUGGCGACCGGGAAGGGGGAUCAAGCGCCCCAGCUGGAGUUCGAGCAGCUGCCCUUCAGCCACCCUCUCUUCAUCAUGUUCUCGUCUGGCACCACCGGCGCGCCCAAGUGCAUGGUGCAUUCGGCCGGGGGCACCCUCCUCCAGCACCUGAAGGAGCACGUCCUGCACGGGAACACCACCAGCAGCGACACCAUCCUGUAUUACACCACGGCCAGCUGGAUGAUGUGGAACUGGCUGGUGUCCGCUCUGGCCACGGGCGCCGCGCUGGUCCUGUAUGACGGCUCCCCGCUGGUGCCCACGCCCAACGUGCUCUGGGACCUGGUCGACCGGAUAGGCAUCACCAUCCUGGGAACGGGCGCCAAGUGGCUGUCUGUGCUCGAAGCGAGGAACAUGAGGCCAGUGGAGACCCACAGCCUGCAGACGCUGCACACCAUCCUGUCCACGGGCUCCCCGCUGAAGGCCCAGAGCUACGACUACGUGUACAGGUGCAUCAAGACCAGCGUCCUCCUGGGCUCCAUCUCAGGUGGCACGGACAUCAUCUCCUGCUUCAUGGGCCAGAAUGUGUGUCUUCCUGUCUACAGAGGGGAGAUCCAGGCCCGGAACCUGGGCAUGGCCGUGGAGGCCUGGGACGAGGAAGGAAAGGCGGUGUGGGGGGCGAGCGGAGAGCUGGUGUGCACCAAGCCGUUCCCCUGCCAGCCCACGCACUUCUGGAACGACGAGAACGGCAGCAAGUACCGCAAGGCGUACUUCUCCAAGUUCCCAGGUGUCUGGGCGCACGGUGACUACUGCAGGAUCAACCCCAAGACCGGGGGCAUCGUCAUGCUGGGCCGGAGCGACGGCACGCUCAACCCCAACGGAGUGCGGUUCGGCAGCUCGGAGAUCUACAACAUCGUGGAAGCCUUGGAGGAGGUGGCGGACAGCCUCUGUGUCCCCCAGUACAACGAGGACGGGGAGGAGAGGGUGGUCCUCUUCCUGAAGAUGGCCUCCGGGCACACCUUCCGGCCCGACCUGGUGCAGCGCAUCCGGGACGCCAUCCGCGUCGGCCUGUCGGCCCGGCACGUGCCCAGCCUCAUCCUGGAGACCAAGGGCAUCCCGUACACCCUCACCGGCAAGAAGGUGGAAGUGGCCGUGAAGGAGGUCAUUGCCGGGAAGGCCGUGGAGUACCGCGGAGCCUUCUCGAACCCCGAGACCCUGGACCUGUACCGGCACAUCCCCGAGCUGCAGGGCUUCUGAUCGCGCCGUCCGCCUCCCGCGCACGGCGGUGCCAGAACCGUGUGGUCCAGGAAGUCGCUCAGCACCGCAGCGCUCAGGCUUUGGGCUUGGGGAGAACCUGGGGUCCACCUGGGGUGCCGGUCUGCCCAUGCCAGCAUGCGGGCCUGACCUGGAGGCCCAGGGGCGUGUGGGGGUGGGGCUGUGCCUGCACCUGUGCUCCAGCGACAGCCUGUCCCCGAGGAGCAUCUGGCCCUCAGCCCCCCGUGGGUCCACUUCUCGGUUAAGGCACAGGUCUGUUCCUCCCUGUACCUCAGUCUCGGCUCUGGCCAUUGUCCCUCAGGGCCCGUCUGUCUGUCUGUCUGUCGUUGCCCAUCAGCUGUGACAAUGGCGCUGCCCAGUGUGACUUCCUGCAGCUGGUGGUCAGGGCCCGGCGGCUGCCGCCUGCGCAUCUCCCUGAUGGAUGGAACACGCGCCAUUCCUGGUGGAGCCGCGUCGCCCCACCAGACGGUGGGCGCUGCCAGAGAGCAGUCCCCUCCGGAGGACCAGACGGUGGGCGCUGCCCAGAGAGCAGUCCCCUCCGGAGGACCAGCGGACGCCCAGCUUUACUGGGAGCUUGUUGUUUCGUGGACUUUGAGUGGUUCAGAAUCUCUACUGUGGACGGCCUGGUGUGUGGGUGUCUGGAGAGCUGGACGCCACCCUGGGGCGGCGCUCAGGGAUGUGUCCUCAGCCUGUGCUGCUCUGCCCUAGGGCCCUCGCCUGCAGGAGGGCACCGCGCCUGUCAGCCGCGUCUCGGGGUUGACAGCCAGGUCGUCUAUGUUCUCUUCAGUUCUUGUAAUCCUGAUGUUCAUUUUUGUAUUUUUAAAAACAGCACAGUGAAAUACUUUUUUGAAUCCAUUUUCUUCUGGAUUAUAAAAAUAGGGGACAGUGCCACGAGGAAUCUAA